AUGGAAGCAUUCACCGAACGGAUCUCCGGAUCAAACCUCGUCCCUCUCAUCGAUCCACACUUCGGGAAACUUUUGGAAGCGAAACCAGAAGACCUAUCUCAGGCGAUCGACGUGUUUCUCAACCAUUUGAAGCGAUUCGAUGAUCAUCCAGACCGACAAGUCCUUAUCACUUACCGACAGUGUGCUCUGUUUCUGAAGGAGAAGCGAGAGAGGGAUGCGGAGAAAGAGAAAAAUGUGAAUGAGGGAGUGAGGAGGAGGGGAAUGGUCAAGCAACUCAACAGCAGUGAAUGA